AUGUCGCUCACUUCUAUUCCACACGAGCGUGUCUCGGACUCACGCCUGUUAACUCCAAUCCGCAGUGUAGCACCGGCCAAAGACAAAGAACAACCAGAUCCAAAUAUGGCAAAUCCACGUCUGCUUAUCAACCGUGCUCUCAUCUAUGAGCGCCGAUUGCCCGGCGAUGCUUAUAUCACUGCACACGUUCAGCGCCUUCAGCAUGGUUAUUACUCCACCAACGUCGUGUCAGACGAGAACGCCGAACAUGUAGAUUUUCUUGCUCUCGCAUUCACCUUUCAUUCGCCGCACACCAUCACACACCGUAUCAAAUCCGCCACCAUUAGUGUGUCAAUUCACGGAAACCGCAAUAUCUCAAGUUCGAGGCUGUAUCCUUAUGGGAAUCCGCCCGGCAACCCGCACUUCCUCAUGCAUGCUCCGCACCUGAUCUAUGGCACUGUAUCCCCGGAGACAAUGGAGUGGACGUUCAGUCUAGCUGGGUCUCUCGGAAUCUCGGACCUACCCGUUAGCGCAAGCGUCAUUCCCUCGGGGAGCGUCAACGGCCGGUAUAAGCGGUAUGAGAUGAUGCGCAUUCAAGGCUCCGCACGUACUUUGAAGAACCCAUCUGGCCCCGAAUUCGAUGUCGAGGCUGGCAAAAUCGUCUGGUCCAUGGAAGAGAACAAUGUCCAAAGAUCUGGUCUACCGCGCGAGUUUACCUUUGUCAUGUUGAUCCAGAAACCCGCGGCAAACAGCAAAAUUUCCCUCUCGGUCGACGUCGACCCCGUCAUCGACGCAAUGAUUGGCAGUUACCCAUCCUUGAUGUUGAAAUUAUCCGAGUACCAACCUUUGCCGCGUCGGGGUGUCAAUUUCCAACAAGAAAUUGGACAGCGGUUCGAGCCGUCGGACCCGGCGCGCGGGUUCAACUUUGCAGAAUUAGGGAGCAUGUUCGAUGAGUACAUCGCCAUGCCUGGAAGGAAGUUCAGCCGUCAGAUCCAAAUCCCACCUGAGACUGGCGCCCCUGAAAAUCACUUUCAUGCCACCUACCCGGGUCAAUAUGGGCCUCUCAACCCCAUCCCGUAUCAACAACAACUACAGACCCACAACCUAGCCCUGCAAAACAACAGUCUCUCUCUGCAGAACAACCUCCUACAGACAACCCUACAAAAUUUACAUCCCCCCCAGCCGCAAAACCAAAGUCAAAACCAAGGCCAUUCCAACCCCCAUCCUUACCCAGCACCAAAAAUCCCUUCAACCAUCCCCCAAACCGCCAUAAACAUCCCCUUAAAUCUCCAUUUCCUCCUCAACCCCAGCACCACCACACACCUCACCAACCUCACCCGAACAAGCCCAGGCCCCUCCCCAUACCCACGCCACACACCAAGUCUCCGACGCACGCAAGCACGGGAAUUCCCCUCGCAUGCAGCGAGCAGAGAAUCAAACAACGCCUCCACACGCUCCCCUCCCAGUCCAACAGACUCGAUGAUCACACAUACAGGCGCUCGUUCGCAGCGAGGACGCGCUCUCUCGGAGAUCUCAGAAAGUGAUGGUUCUGGCGGUGAUGGGGAGUAUCGGACGCCACGUCGUCUGCCGCGACGCAUGUCGAGGCGGGACUCGAUUGGCGUUUCAUCUGUGGGUGGACGGGUGCGUGCUGGUGGUGCUAGGGCCCAUGGUCAUCGUAGAGCUAUGAGUAUGGCUAACCCGCGCUGA